AUGGACAAGAACCCUGAAUUAGCAGAUAACAGCGGUGGAAAGACUGCAUGGAGAGGAGAUGCGUUGAACAAAGUAUUAGGGGAUGACAAGCCUGGCCAUGUACAUGGUUUGGGACUAGUUCCAAACCCAAAAAAACUUUUUGAUGUUUCCACUUCACGUGUAUUCCAGAAUACACAUUUUACUUCGGUGGAGGAUACACCAAAUGAAGAUAUGCUAGCUUUUAGAGUUGAAAUGGAAAAACUAUAUCAAGUAAAUAAAAAUCAGGAUGCUAAAAUUAUGGAACUAGAGGAGAAGCUGAGAAGAAUGGAAAGACAACCAAAUCAGGAAAUUUCAGAUCCCAUGGCUACAAUUGGGCUUGAACCUUCGGUUGAUGGACACAACUCAAACAGAAAAAGAGUGCUUGCUCCUCCGGUUGAUGGACUCCAACUUGUUAAAAAACGAUCAAAUAAUUUACAGAACAAGCCAAGUGGAUCAAACAAUGCAGAUUUGCAACCAUCAAACAAGAAUUCUGUUUCAGAUAAGAACAAAGAAACUAUGGUUCAUAAUGGUGGCAGUGCACGACAACUAGAAAAAUGCUCUACUACACACAAGAAUGUUGUCCAGAACCAAGAAACUCCUCAUAAUUUCAGUGCUCAGCAAGGGGAAAUAAAUUCUGCUACACAUAAGAAUGUUGUUCAGAACAAAGAAACUUCUCUUGAGAAUGUUAGUGCACGUCAGGCAGAUAAAAAUUCUGCUGCAAACAAACGGACCAAAAAAACAACAAAAGGUGCCAAUGCAAGCAGUAAGAGUGCUCAAAGUGGUUCGCUGAGCUGGUUGGGUGCCAGUGAAUUACCUGCAGGAACUAAAGUAUUCUUGAAGAGCCUAAAAAACCAUAACAAGGAUGUAGCUCUUGCUACAAUUGUAAGUUGUGAUCCAAACUUUAAACUUGAUGGUGAUGAAAUUAGGAAUGAAUUCUGGGCGGUGCAUGUUGAUAUGGCACUUGUGAAAACUGAAAAUUUGGUACGGAGUCGCAAAAACUGCACUACUCUCGGCAAUGCAGAAAAAACAAAGAUUGCAUGGCCCUCAACCUUUAUUCAAAAGAUAAAUGGAUGAGUAUAUGGGUGGGUGGCAAGUGUACUGCAAUGAUGAUGUUGAUAUUCUGCUUCAUGAUGGCGACGAUGAUGGAUGCUUUCAGUUUUAGUUAUGUUCUCGGGAUGAUGUUCCUGUUGGAUGUUGUUCCUCGAUUAAGUUUUAGUUAAGUUGUUGGGAAGUUGAAUGCUUUAGUUUAAGUUUCACUGUCAAGAAAGUAGUUAGAUUAUGCAUCACGUUUGGAUGAUGUUUCUCUUGUAAUAUCCACUAUUGUAAUCCAACAAUUUUAUCUCAUAUAUGAUAUAUGA